CUCCGGCGCUCCCCACCCACCCCAGACCCCGCAGCUCGCACGCACAGGAGACGCGGCGGCGCCUAGGGUUUGGCCUUGCCGCCGGCCCCUUAGGCCUCGCCGCCGACCCGCUGCUCCCCUCCAGGAUCCGCCCUCCCCCCGAUCUCCGCCUGAGACCUCGCCCGUUCUCUCGCGCUGCCGGCGACCGCCGCCUCGUCGGACGGUCAACGACGACACCUCCACAGCCUCUAGCCUGCCCCGACCCAGCCCGCAACGGAAGCUCCCCCAGCUUCCUCUGCUGUCGACCAGCUGCCACCCAGCCUAUUCCUCCGGCCUACCCCGACAGCUCCUUCCGCCCCCACCUGCCGGCCACGCGUGUCUGCAGCAGUAAGGCAUAGGCUGUGCGGAGGUGCUAUUGAAUAAAUUUACUGUCUGGCUAAUUAUGCUGCCUAAUUAUGAGUUAUGCUUCUGUUUCCCGGAAUCACUCCCUGUUGCUCCUUGUUAGUGAUAUCUUUAAAUAAUUUCCACCUCCACUACAAAAGAAUCAACCAUGCGGCUCUCUUCAUCCCUUCAAGAUCUGCCGACAUUUUCUAGAAUUGAUGCUUUAGAAAGGGGCUCUAGCAUUGGUGGUGAUCUGAGCUCAGGGCGUGCAAAACCUGUCCGCACACUUCAAAGGGAAGGUCCUGUAGCAAGCUUUUCAAAAGAGAGAACACCCCCGUCAUCACCAACAAAUCGAAAGAAAUGCAUGAGAACUGUUGGUUAUGCUGUUGUCCUGUUCCUAUUAGUGUGCUCUAUAUACGCUUCUUUGAGAUAUUUUCAUGUCUUUCUGUCGGAAGGUAGCUCUGAGUACUAUGUGAUUCUUGAUUGUGGCAGCACUGGUACAAGAGUGUAUGUUUACGAGUGGACCGUUAAUCAUAAUGACGGAAACACAUUUCCUAUUGCUUUGAAACCUUUGGGGAAUGCUCCUAAGAAAAAAUCUGGCAAAUUAACUGGGCGUGCCUAUCAACGUAUGGAAACUGAACCUGGAUUGAGCAAGCUUGUUCACAAUGAAAUUGGGAUGAAGAAGGCAAUAGAGCCCCUCCUUCAAAUGGCUGAGCGACAGAUCCCUAGACGUGCACACAAGCACACACCUGUUUUUCUAUAUGCCACAGCUGGGGUCCGCAAGCUACCAAGUGCAGACUCAGACUGGCUUCUGGAUAAGGCCUGGGACGUUCUGAAGAAUUCAUCAUUUUUGUGUAGUAGAGACAGAGUUAAGAUCAUCAGUGGCAUGGAAGAAGCUUACUAUGGAUGGAUAGCUCUUAACCACCACAUGAACAUGCUUGGGACCUCAUCUUCUGAAAUGACAUAUGGUUCACUUGAUUUAGGUGGAUCAUCAUUACAGGUGACAUUUGAGACUGACAAAGCCAUGCAGGAUGACACGAGUAUUAGUCUGAGGAUUGGUUCUGUAAAUCAUCAACUUAGUGCUUAUUCUCUUUCUGGUUAUGGGCUAAAUGAUGCAUUUGACAAAUCAGUGGCACAUCUGGUGAAGAUAUUAGGAGGGACAGCAGGUAAUGGCAAAGUUCAGGUCAAACAUCCUUGUCUACAAACUGGGUACAAGGAAGAUUAUGUUUGUUCGUACUGCCAUUCACUGAAACAAGAUGGAAGUCCUAGUGUUUCAGGGAAGACAACAGGCUUAGAGAAGGCGGGAACAGCUGUUGAACUUGUUGGGGCUCCUCAGUGGAGCGAAUGUAGUGCUCUUGCAAAAGUAGCAGUGAAUCUUUCAGAGUGGUCCAAUGCAAAUUCUGGAGUUGACUGUAACGUUCAACCUUGUGCACUUGCCAGUACCUUUCCCCAACCACAUGGGCAGUUUUAUGCUAUGUCCGGUUUCUAUGUGGUUUUCAAAUUUUUCAAUUUGACUCCUGACGCUACUCUCAUAGAUGUUCUAAAAAGAGGCCAGGAAUUUUGUGAAAAACCAUGGGAAGUUGCAAAGAGUAGUGUUCCACCACAGCCUUUUAUAGAGCAGUAUUGCUUCAGGGCUCCUUAUAUCACAUCACUUCUGAGAGAGGGACUGCAGAUCAAAGAUAAUCAGGUGAUAAUUGGCUCAGGUAGUAUCACAUGGACUCUUGGUGUUGCUUUGCUAGAGGCUGGGCAGGCGUUAUCUACACGGAUGGAUAUUCAAGGAUACAUGAUACUACACCGGGAGAUAAACCCAACUAUUCUUAUUGCAUUGUUUGUGAUUUCAAUUGUGCUGGUCAUAUGUGCCAUAUUGUGUGUUAGCAAUUCGAUCCCAAGAUCAUUCCGCAAGUCCUAUUUACCAAUUUUUAGGCAGAACAGUGGAGGUAGUUCUGCGCUUGGUAUGGGAUCACCUUUCAGAUUUCAUUUAUGGAGACAAAUCAACUCAGGUGAUGGAAGAACAAAGACACCAUUGAGUCCUACUGUUACUGGGUCAGAGUCUCAUCCAUUUAGUAUGACCCAUGGAUUAGGAGGCAGCAGCGUCCAGCUUAUGGAGUCUUCCAGGCAAUCGCUUGGUGUAAAUCAUAGCUAUUCUGUUGGGAGCUUAGGUCAGAUGCAGUUUUCCAGUGGAUUGUGGAACUCUACCAGAGGUCAGACGACACUUCAAAGCAGGAGAUCGCAAUCGAGAGAAGAUCUCACUUCUUCAUUAGCUGAUCUCCAUGUUCCAAAGGUGUAGCAUUACAUUUCAGGAUGACAUGACUAGUAUGUGAUCCCAUGCCUUAACAACUUUGUGUAAAUAAUAGCUCCACACUGUUUGAUUUCUUCUCUACCAAGAUGUCAAUUUUGUCGGCACACUGACAAUUCAAAAAGGUUUAGGAUCCACAGAAUUUAUUAAAGUAUAUGACUUGGCGCCUCCUGGAGACGAUACAUGCAUCCAUUAAACUGUAUUUGUGCAAUAGAACAUGCCAUAAAGAUGAACUUGCAAGCAGUUUUGAGUGUUGUGCCAGAAGAAAUGUUACACGGUUCACUGAAGUGGUUGGCCAUGGGCUGCAGCUAAUGUGAUCAGUUCCUGGCCCAGAAUAUCAAGGUUUCCAGAUUAUGAUGUUACUGCAGCAUACGGAGUAUACUCUUCAAAGGUUCUUAUCAUUUUUUUCUUCUUUUUUUUUUGUUCUACAACAUAAUGAACAUAUUUGUGGCCCUGUGUGUCAUCAAUGUAUCAUAUGCGGUAUGCUUUGUUA